GCCACGACUUGCUCUUUCGUUCCAUCUUGUGAACGGCGCAUCGGUGAAGCAGCACCGCGGCAGUGUUUACAGUAGGCCGUCGGGGCUUACAGGUUUUCAUCUUUGUUUUUGACAGUGUUCAACUACCAAGGGCUUGCGCAAGGGCUUACGCUCUGCCUGCAGACUGAGCGGGAUCUCGCGAGAGCGGUGGCGUGGCUGGUUGGCAGUAGGCUUGCAGUAAGACAGAGGGAGAAGGCAGGCAGCAUCAUGGCGGACAGAGACAGUGGAAGUGAGCAGGGAGGAGCAGCCACGGGCCCGGGUGUCGGUUCCAUGCACCCAGUGACAGGAGGGGCGGGCUCGGCUUCCGGGCUGCAGCACGAGACGCAAGAGCUCGCUUCGAAGCGGGUUGACAUCCAGAACAAGCGCUUUUAUCUGGACGUAAAGCAGAACGCGAAAGGCCGCUUCUUGAAGAUAGCAGAAGUAGGGGCCGGGGGAAACAAGAGCCGUCUCACUCUCUCCAUGUCCGUCGCUGUCGAGUUCCGUGACUACCUGGGGGACUUCAUCGAGCACUAUGCCCAGCUGGGGCCGAGCAAUCCGGACAUGGCGCAAGACGAGCCCCGGCGGGCGCUUAAGAGUGAGUUUUUGGUCCGGGAGAAUCGGAAGUACUACAUGGAUCUAAAGGAGAACCAGAGGGGCCGGUUUCUACGGAUCCGACAGACCGUCAACCGGGGGCCCGGUUUGGGAUCCACGCAAGGCCAGACGAUCGCUCUUCCUGCGCAGGGACUUAUAGAGUUUCGCGAUGCUCUCGCCAAACUCAUCGACGACUACGGAGUGGAGGACGAGCCAGCGGAACUGCCCGAGGGAACCUCUUUGACUGUGGACAACAAGCGCUUUUUCUUUGACGUGGGCUCCAAUAAGUACGGGGUGUUCAUGAGGGUAAGCGAGGUUAAACCCACCUAUCGCAACUCUAUCACAGUGCCCUACAAAGUGUGGUCCAAAUUCGGCAACACUUUCUGUAAAUACGCAGACGAAAUGAAAAAGAUUCAAGAGAAGCAGAGGGAAAAAAGGGCAAGCGAGCUGCAGCAGCAGCAAGAAGAGAUGCACGGAGACGAUGGGGACGAGGAUUGAUAGUGGAGGGAAAACAUGCAAAAAAAAAAAAAAAAGAGAAAAGAAGAAGAAGAAGAAAAAAGAAAUAAUCAGAAUAACAUACAGAGAAAUUAUACGUAAGAGAAUUUUACUGUUAAAAAAAAAAAUUAAAAAAAAAGAGAGAGAGAGAGAAAGAUACAUAAAGAUUUAACUGUUUAACUCCAAGGGAGCACUACCCACAAAAAUACAACAACCUUCACAAACUGACAGUUGAAACUCGCCACCCAUCGCUGGAUGUUAUUCCACUUACCCACCAUUAAUACAGUAAGCGGCUGCUAAACAAAGUAAUGACAUUAUAUAUGAACUGUGUUUCCUACUUGAUUACAGCAGAACUGAGCGUUUGUUUCCCUUAUUAACCGAGAACUUUUUUACACGUUCCAAGAAGUGUUUGCAAUGUUCAAAUGGAGUUAUUGCCGUGUUACUAGGAAACAAUUCCUUGACAUGUGAGCUAAUGACUUCAGCACAAAUCAGAUAUUUUAGCUUGUUUUGUUCAUUUUUUUUUUUUUUUUUUUUUUUUUUUGUUUAGUUUUUU